UCACAGCCUGGUUGCCCCGGCAGAGAGAUGUGUCUGCGGAAGCAUCACUGCUCUGAAUGUUGUGAAGAGUGUUGGUCCAAGAGUGGGAUUGAAAUGCUGCUCCUUACCCUCUUUUGUGUAGCUUCUCUGAUCAGCAGCGUCAAUGCAGGUUUUUCUUCUCAAUCUUUUAUGUUCAGAAAUAACCAGCAGAGUGGAACUGCUGGUAGUCCUACAGGAUAUAAUGAAAUAGAGUGUGGCCUCCGACCAUCUUACGAGUCCUUUCUGGAGACUGGCAAGAGGAUCACAGCAGGGAGAUACGCCAAGACUGGGGAGUUCCCGUGGCACGUGAGCAUCCAGAGCAAUGGGAAACAUAUCUGCGGAGGCACCGUGAUCAGCGCAUUGUGGAUUUUAACUGCAGCCCAUUGCUUUGCAGAAGAGGUGCCACCAGAUCUCACUGUUGUAGUGGGGGGAACUGACCUCAGCCGCCCGCUGGAACAACAUAGGCCGGACAGCUUGAUCCUCCACGAAAACUUUGACAGAAUGAGCAUGCAAAAUGAUAUCGCUCUGAUCCUGCUCAGCAAUCCCAUUGAGUUCAGCAAUGAGAAAAUCCCCAUCUGCUUGCCCUUCAUAUAUGACAUCAAUACGUGGCAACACUGCUGGAUUGCUGGGUGGGGAACAACAAGUGCAGCGUCCCACGUGCUGCAGAAAGCGCGGAUGAAGCUCAUCAGCAGGGAGGAAUGCUUGGAGCGGAUCCCGCAGCUAGAGGAGAACAUGCUGUGUGCUGAGCUGGAGAAAGGAGAAAGAGGUGCCUGCCAGGUGGACAGCGGGGGACCUCUGGUUUGCAGCUACUGGAACACCAUGAAGUGGUUUCAGGUUGGCAUCGUCAGCUGGGGAGAAGAUUGUGCAGAAAAGCCAAACCAUGAGAUCUUAAUAUCUGUUUACAGCUACCGUGGCUGGAUCGAGACUGAAACAGCCAUAAGGGGGAAACCUUUCUUCAUUGAAGGCGUGGAUAACCAUGCAAAUGGCGAGGUGGUUCUUUCCAGGGCUGAGACACAGCUGGUGUUUCUUGAGUGUCGCCUCCUUUUAUUUAUCUCUUUAAUAGCAAUUAGAUUACUCUAGAGAAGAUUUUUCAAAACAUAAUAAAAGAACUAAUGUCUCAUUUCUUCUUUUGCUGCUGACCCAUAUAAUCAUGUCUCAGGUCAACCUGCUCCAUCUCACUGAUGUGGACACAGAUGCCAAAAUGAGAUGGCACAGUGAGACAAGGAAGAGAUGCAGAGGACAGAGAGAUGAAUGAGAGAGCCCAGGACACAGACAAGAGAGGCCAUAAUCCUCUGAAAAAAACAGAUUUUCCACACUGCUGGGUCACAUCAGGCCCAGUUUUUUGCUAAGCUCACAUGCAAAGUCAAGAUGUGGCAUCUGAAGCAACUGCUCCCCUUGGAAAACUGAAACCCUAAGAAAGGUCUUACCUUACUCAGUUGCAUAUUAACUUAGCUGUUGGUAGGAUAGCUCUGGGUUAAUGUAUCUUACAGCUAAUUAUUAGCUGGACUAAUGUAUCUUCUAUCUUGCAGCUGGCCCAAGCUAAAGGCAUCUUCAGGGACCAAAGCAGCUGUUCAGGUGAUACGGCAAGCUGCUGGGACAUGACUACAUGUCGUAUUCAGUAUAUCCUUAAGCUACAAAAAGGGCAAGAAAUCUUUGGGGCAGUGUUGGAAGGUGUAGCAUCAUAUAACUAAUCAGUCUUAUUUACCUGGAUUGCAAAUGCUGGGUUUUGGUUGUUAAAGGCAAUAG